AUGCAGUCUCGUCUUUUGCAGGCGGCCGCCCUGUCCGCCAUUGUCCGCCAUGCCGCAGCCGCUGGAUUCAGGACAGUAGGAACAUCUGGGUGCACUGCUCAGAUGCUCUUCAUCCCUCCUUAUACCGAGACAGCCGUCUUCCUUGAUAAUUACCACCCCAACUACGGCGGACCAGGAGCCAACCUCGCCACUGGUGCUCACUCCAAAAAUGCUUACAACUACGAAGGCACCAACACGGCUGUCUUCGCCACCGAAUAUGACCUGAAGACCAACACGCUCCGCAAGCUGCAUCCCAAGAGCAACACCUUCUGCUCGGCCGGCGCCUUCUUCCCGGACGGCACCAUGGUCAAUUUCGCCGGCGCAGAGCCCGACGCCGGAGCCGGCGUGGGUGACGGCUUCGACGCCAUCCGCACCUACGCCCCCGGCCCCUGCCCCGACGGCGGCUGCACCAUGGACUUCGACACGGGCGCCGGCAAAUUGCAGACGCGCCGUUGGUACCCCACCGCCGAGACGCUGCCCAACGGCGACGUACUCGUCGUGGGCGGCUCGGACGUCGGCCUGCUGGUGCUCAACGAGGCGAGCAUCAACGUGCCUACGUACGAGCUGAUCAAAGCGGACGGCUCCAAGGCCCCCGCACCGGUGCCGCUCCCCAUCCUCGAGUUCACCGAGGAGGAAAACAACCAGCCCAACAAGUCCUACAACCUCUACCCCAUCCUCCACCAACUCCCCAACCCCCGCGCCGCCGCCGAAGUCUUCACCCUCGCCGGCAACCAAGCCGUAAUCUGGAACUACCAAACCGACAAGCUCGUCAAAGCCCUGCCCCCCGCCCCGCUCGAGCCGCGCACCUUCCCCUCCUCAGCCACCAGCGUGCUCCUCCCGCUCGAAGCCCCCACCUACGACCCGACCGUCCUCCUCUGCGGCGGCUCCAGCGGCGACAUCCCCGACCCCCAAGCCCUCGACGACUGCUACACGCUCGCCCCCUACGCCGCGCGCCCCGCGUGGACCCCGACCGACAACCUCCCCAACGGGCCGCAAACCAUGACCGACGGCCUCCUCCUCCCCGACGGCACCGUCCUCUUCAUCAACGGCGCGCACCGCGGCUCCGCCGGCGGCUUCAUGGCCGACGACCCCGUCCUCGCCCCCGUCAUCUACGACCCCAAGGCCGCGCCGGGCAAGCGCUUCACCACCAUGCCCGAAACAACCAUCCCGCGGCUGUACCACAGCGUCGCGAGCGUGCUGCCGAGCGGCGAGGUGGUGGUCGCCGGCAGCAACCCCAUGGUGUUUUACACGGACGACGGCGGCGUGCCGCCGGGGUGGCCGGCGUUCAGGAAUAACGGCCACACCGGCUUCUUGAACCAGCAGCAGCGCGACGGCAACAAGUACCCGACCGAGUACCGCGUCGAGGUGUUCAGCCCGCCGUACAUGGACGCGGAGGUGCGGCCGGUGCUGGAGGCGGCGCCCGAGGCGGUGGUUUAUGGGAAGAUGUUUGGGGUAAGGAGCAGCGUCGAGGGGAAGAAGGUCGAGGUCGUGAUGAUGAGUCCUGGGUUCCAUACGCAUGCGGUGGCGAUGGGCCAGCGGAUGGUCAAGUUGGAGGUGGCCAAGGGCGUGGGGGCGGGCGCGAGGAACGUCAAGGCGCCGCCGGGGCCGAGUACGAUGGCGCCGGGUGUGUAUUUGUUGUUUGUGGUUGUGGAUGGGAUCCCGUCGGAGGGGAAGUGGGUGAAGUUGUCGUAUUGA